ACGUAGGCACAGCUGGCUCACUGUCACACACAGUCGAGGCGGGCUGCUGUCCCGGCGCCGAGCGGGCCGUACUUACGUGCUGGAGCUCGGCGAGUCGGUCCCGGACGGCCAUGUCGUCGCGUUGUGGCGGCGCGUGCACCGGCGGCUCCGUGCCGGUCGGUACUGCGAUGCACUGAUAACGCGCGCCGCUCUCUUGUCUGAUAUUAGCUGAUAUUGGACUGAUACGCGGACGCGGGGUUGCCAGACCGACUACUCCUUACCUACGCACUCACUACUUUGUAUCUAACUGACUUCAAGAGGAGCCUCUCGAUUCGAAGCUCUGGGAGUGUACAAGAGGAUGAAGGUGUUGGAAAACAUAAGCCUUGUACUAAGGGUCAUGGUUGCCAUCAUGUGCGCCGCGAUGGUGAUGAAGCAAGACAUCCUGGACUCGGCCUGGGCCGAUAUAACGCUCACCGAGAGCCUGCUAGUCAUUGUGAGCUUCAAACUGUCCAAGCCCAAGCUCAGCUACCGAGAAUUGCUAGAGAACUUGUCAAUCGUGGACGAAACCCAAGGCGCUCCUCCAGCAGGCUAUAAGGUUGAAAGAAAGCUGAUCACGUACAUAGCGGGUGUGACCGCGCUGAGACUCACCGUGCUCUGUUUGUAUUGCGUCGCACACACCGAACAAUAUUCUAUCGACAACUUCAUUGAGUUCCUGUACAAUGUUCCCUGCUACUGUCUCGACCUUUACUUGAUCGUGCACUUCAUCAUCUUCCACUCAAUUUACUGUCGACUCAGAACCCUGAGGAAGGCGUUGAGUAACAACUUCGACGUGUACCGAGCUCAUUUAAUUUACAAGACCCUGAUAGAUUGCACAGAGGAGAUCAAAAAAUGCUUGGACAUCCCGCUUGUGGUGAUCCUAAUCGCGACGAUCCUUGUCGUGAUGGUCAACGUUUUGGUGACUCUGAGGAUGCUGUUCAAAGGAGAGAGUAUAAUAUCUGCAUUCUUGCUGCGCUACAUCGAGGUGAUCCUGUCUCUGGCGCUUCUGUUUGUGCCGGUGCUGGUGGCGGACAUGAUGGCACUCGAGGCCCACAAAAUACAUAUCUUUCUUCACGGCAGAAUGCAAACAGCUAACGAUUUGGUUCGUCACGAGUCUCCUGGUGACCGUGAUAAUGGCCAUGAUCAACGUGCUGAAAACUCUGCAGCUGAUUCAUGACGGAGAAGUAUGUAUCUUUGGUAAAGUUCGCCAAUACAACCAAUCUAGUGUUGACGCCUAGCAGCGGGCGGCCCACUUUAUGCUGAGCGGGUACUGUCGCUCUUGGCCACCGCCAGCUGAGGGUACACCUAGAUAGCCAUUGAAAUUAAUUCAAAGAUAGACAAGUCGUAGCACUCAUGGUGUACGAUUACGGGGAGUUCUUUCUAAAGCUUGAAAAUAUGAGGGGGAAUUACUUCUGGAAAAGCACUUUGCAAGUCUUUGGUCUAGCGUCAAGUACUCAACUAAUAACACCCAAACCGGACCAUUCUCGAUACAUAAAUUCCAAGAAUCCCCGGAGCUGGUUGCUUAAGAGCGUCUUGAAAGUGGGGCUUCACGAUGAGGUUUUUCCUUGAAGUCGUCGUCUUCGGGUCAAAUUGAGCUCGGCUCACUUAAUUUAUUUUCGUGCAUAGCUACAGAUAGUUCUACAUUUGAAGACAUUAGUUUUCCUUAACCUUACUCCGAGGAACACUCGGCUGAGAGCAAACAGCUUCCCCCGAAAGCCCGAAAUGCAUGUUCGGUCGUGAGCGGAACAUGCUCGUGAAUGGAAGUUGAGAUGGGAAGCGUGGAUCCUCUAUACGACCUUUCAUCAGAUGACUAAUGGCCAUUGCCUUUUUUCUCGUCACUACAUAAUCCCGGUGUACGAAGCCCACGUGUCCUGGUGAAACUGGAAAAUCUUAUGGAUCACCAGUAAUCCAUCCGUCAUAAAAAAAAGUAUGAAGAAUAUAAACUUCAACUGAUGAUGAUUGGCUCAAUUGAAGCAGACGACCUGCUUGCUCUGCGUGACACGAGACAGAACGGACCAUCCUAAAUAAACGGUGAAAUUUUGGUAAUAGAGAGGAACUAGGCGAACGAAAAGUAUUUAAUGUGUUUGAAAGAAAUAGAUCUUUCUUUAUCACUGAAGUUGUCGUGUUGCAAUACUGGCCAUUUCAAACGUAGUUUAUGUAUGGCUGCCAAUAUAUUCUAAAUUCAAAUAAAUCUGAUCUUAAAAGUAUAGAAGUGCAUUUUGAAGUUUAGCCAUUUGUUUAGUGAUUAGUGUUACAUUUGUAUCAUUUUCAUCAGUAUGGACACGAUACAAAUACAAUUGACUGCAAUGGUGACAAUGCCGCACAAACGGGUCACACUCACAAUAAUGACGUGUACGGACUCACUCCUCACUACAAACGAACGCAUAACUAGUUAUUGGUUUGAAAGCUUCCGACAUAAAGAAUUUAAGCUAAAGAUGACCCCGAGGAUCAGGGCGCUUAGUCGACUGCUAAGUGAGCAGCAGCUCUCAACUUUAGCAUCAAAACAAUAUUGAUACACUUGCGUCAAGAAGAUAAAGUACAACUUGGUAAGUGUGCACGGCACGAACUAAACGAUCGCCAGUUGGUUAGAGCCUCGCUCAGCACCUAGGCAAUGCUCCAAACGAAAACUUACCCUUAGAAAGUCAUGAGCACUGUUUCGACGUCUAGUGCCAGUACAAUUCAUUACAACUUCUUACCAAAUGGUACCAGCAUUACUGCGGAUGGGUACUGUGAGGAACUGGACACAAAAAUGGGGAAGCCCAUGAGUUUCCGACCAGCCUUACACGACAACGCUCAUAUGGCACAGCAGACGGCCUCUAAGCUACAAGAGCUACUAAAUUGGCGUUAAGACUUUGUUCACGAAAAUAAUUAAGGCAGAUUCUGCAAAAUGUUGUGACUUAAUUCACAGAGGGUCGGCAUGUAACCGCUUUUUUCUGUCUUCCCAGUCAGGCUACGGACGCUGUCAAGUCGUUUUUAAAUAAACUUUAUUGUUGUGUGUUUCCAGAACGACGUGUUGACGAUUGUUUUGCGUUAUCUAGAAAUGUUUCUGUCGUUUUCAUUGAUAUUUGCCCCCGUCAUCUUAUCCGAUCUGAUGUCAAUUGAAGCUGACAACAUUAAUGUGGUUCUACACAACUACAUCUACGAAACUGACGCGGCAGGUGAGCUGCCCUCAAACUCAUCUUGAGAGGUGAAGGCUAUUUGGUUUAAGCGACACAGGAGAUCCAUUUAAAGUUUAAAACUUGGAAAAAAUAACGUAACAAAAAACUUCUGCCGUUUCAGUGGAGAAAAUUUACUGAAGUUCAAUUAAAAAUGUUGAACUGUUGAUGCUAAAAGGAAAUAAAACGCACUUUUAAUUACAAAGAUAAAUGUCGCGUAUAAAGAAAUAUGUCGCUUAAGCCAAAUAACCUUUCACCCCUCGAUAUAGUAUUAUCCAUAUUUAGCUGUGUGAGGUAUAUCUAGUCACGUCUGUGCAUGAGUCUGAACACAUCGCGUUCGCACUUAUUUGCUUCGUUCGCCCAGCCCAGUACAGGUGCUGACGGGAAGGGUGCAAGCUGGGCCGUGUCGCGGGUUCAUUGUGUCUUGUGAGGGCAGACGUCAGGCUGAUCCCUGUGAGCUCGCCCUCUAGUCAACGUGAAGCCAGAAUAGCGACUCGAGGCUAGCCGUCUGGCUGGUGGGCGAAAAAAGAACGCUUUUUAUAGUCAACUGCGGGCAAACGAGCACCGUUAUUGUAAUGCUAAAUCACAUUUGCACUGCCCGCGCAUGUCCGCAAUAGCCACGGUGCAGCGAUGGCGCUACUCACUGCUAGGUGGUCGCUCCCUCUAAAACACGUUGGAAUGUGGAAACACACGUAAUGUGAAUCAGGAAACACUGAGAAAUGAAGUUCAUACGAGAGAAAAAUAGAAAAAAGUUCGAGGCCCUGAAACCAUCACCGACCAAUUGUGACCGAUUUUAAAUAUUGAGUGCAGCCAGCUCCACUCACGACCGCACAUUCUCAGCUCACAAUACACUCGAUCCUGUGAUUCACAUGACUUAUAGUCUUCUCUAACUAUGUGAAGAGCAUCUAGCAGUUUAAGAUUAUCUGUGUCUUAGGGAUAUAUACAUACUUGUGAAAUACGCUGGUCAUGGUGGAUCGAUUUUGGACAAACUAAUAUCUAUUCUCGAACACCAAGGUUGUAUAGGAUCUCUUCAAAUUAUUUCCCCGGCACACAUAAAACAGAUAUAGCCGUGGCAGUACAUCCCUCGGCCCGUCCCUCUCCAGUAAGCGCUACAGAGGAGCGCACCGCGGCUGCUGCUGCUGCUUCAGUAAGUCUUGCUAUAUUCUCGUCGAGGCUAACAAGUUUCAAUUUGUGUUGGCGUGCUAGAGGAGCGGGAGCGGAGACAUUUGUCGCAGUUUGCGUGGUACGUCUCGGCGCGGCCGUUCCGACUCCGCGCGUGUCGGGUGCUCUCGCUGGACUGCACGCUCCCCGUGACCGUGCUCAGCAUCUGCGUCACCUACCUCAUCGUGGUCGUGCAGUUCACGCAUCUCUACUGAUCUCUCUCUCUCUACUGUGAUGUGGCCCUCUACCGCACCUAACCUACUUCUAUUCACUAGCUAGCUACGCCCGCGGCUUGGCUCGAAACAAAGUGCAAUUUAAUAUAUAAACAUGAAUGCCACGAACGGGGCGGAGCUCUCUGUUGUUAUUGUUGUACACCUGAAAUUUAAUAAAUGGAAUUCAUUGCAAAA